AAUAUUAUUUUCUGUUUUUAUCUUCUUUUUUUUUUGUCAAAUUUUCUGUUUUUAUCUAAUCUUCUCAAGUUUCAUAUGACAUUUCAAUUGUACUAUAUUAUAAAUACAUUUUUUUUUCAUUUUUGGGGUUCCUUUUCUCUUUUUGAUGAGAGUUUAGAUCUUUAAUCUCAUCAAUGAUUGUCUCUUACAAUAAUAAGUAUAGUCUAAUAGCUUCCAUUUUGAUAGCUGUGGAAGUAUAUAUGUAGUGAACCCGACAAAGUGCUAACGUUAUGUGCUUGUUGCUUAGUGACCAACGAUAAUAAUUAUUUAGUUUUUGGAUUGAAAGAAGCAGAAUUAUUGGCAAAUGAAUUGGAUUUUUAUAGAACAUGCAUGCAUGCAUCCUGUAUUUCCUAUCCAUGGAAUCUAAGUUGGUAGGUUCAGAAAAAGAGACUUUUAAAUUAUUAUUUAUUGAAAAGGAACAUUUUUGUUGAUUAAAUGGAUAGUUGCAACUUACCAAACUUUCUUUUGGACCUUUAUAAUAAUAAACACUGUCCAAAGCAUAUGAUAAAGAUUUAAAGAUGAUGACAGGGUCGAAUAGUUGACUUAGACUGUUAUAUUUUUGAAGAUUCAAACUAUUAAAACAUUCAUCUUAUGUAAUUUCAUGAUUUAUUAAUCCGUGUAGAGAACUCUAAAAAAAUCAUUUAACUUGGCCUGUUGGCCAUAUGAAUUCUUUAUCUCUAGAUUUCAAUAAUGCACAUGACCAAAAAAAUGAACAAACUCACCAAAUAUGUAAUAUUUUGAAUAUAUAAUCAAACAUAACUUGAUCUUUAACGUAUAAACUCUGUAUUUCUUCAUAACCACGUUACUGUCCAAAACAAAACCGUUUGUUUUCCGUUUUAAACAACAUUAACCUGAGAAAAAGAGCUUAGCCUUAUACCUAUUUCAGAAAGUUCUUUUCUAUGUUUAUUUUUAGCAAAACAAUUUGUUAUUAUUUUUUCAUCAGAGAAACGCGGGAAAACCUAAAACGUAAAUAAAGUAAGGAGACAUUUAUAGCAUAACAUAAAGGGUUGAAGAAAGAGGAAAAAAAAAGAAGUAUCGUUCCAAAAGAGGGGAGUCUCAGGAAAAAAAAAAGAGAGAAAGUUUUUUUUUUCCGGUGACGGUGUCGGCUUCUCUGACGCUCCCCCCUGCCUUUCUCUCCCUGAAUGCCUUCAUCUGUAUUCAGGAAAACUGCGGCUAUUAAUGGUUGGAGGAGCGAAUACUUUAAAGGGAACAAUGGAUUCAAGCGACGCAAUUAAAGCACACACCAUCGUCUAGGUUUAAAAAAAAACGAGUUCUUCUAGGUUUUAAAAAGAUAGUGUCAAGUUGUUUGCAUGAAUUGCUUGGCUACGACCAUAACCAUCACUUGCAAACCAACAUUGAUCUCGGAUAUGGCCGUGGCUAUUGAUCCAUUCAGUGACAAGUUCCCUUACUUCAACCGUUCCUCACAAAGAUGCAGACUCCAAUCACUCACCAAUCUUGACUUCAGCUUCCUUCAAUCCUUUAAACCAACGCCUCAAGAUGACAACAUCCACCGAAGUGUAUCUUCUCCUUGCUUCUCUAUAGCUGCAUCUUCUAACAUGGAGGAAGAUAAGAAAGCCACCGCUGCUCCACAGAUUGAGAUUCUUGGUGGACAGAGAGUUCCCACCGUUCGUGCCCUAGUGGCUGAGGUAACAAUGGCUAUUGUCUCUGGAGCCCAGCCUAUGCUUUUACCAAGUGGCUUGGGAGGUGCCUAUCUUCUCCAGACCGGGAAGGGUCACAACAUUGCUGUGGCUAAACCGGUUGAUGAGGAGCCUUUAGCUUUAAACAACCCUAAAAAGUCUGGAAGUUUGAGGCUAGGGCAACCUGGUAUGAAACACUCUAUUCCUGUUGGUGAAACUGGUGUAAGAGAGUUAGCUGCUUACUUACUUGACUACCAAGGCUUCUCCAGUGUUCCACCAACAGCUUUGGUUAGUAUCUCACAUGUUCCUUUCCACGUCAGCGAUGCCUUCUCCUCUGUGCCCUAUAAGGUUGCUUCCUUGCAGAGAUUUGUGUGUCAUGAUUUUGAUGCUGGAGAGCUAGGUCCAGGAAGCUUCACGGUUGCUUCGGUUCAUCGGAUAGGUAUACUUGAUGUGAGAGUGUUGAACCUUGACAGACACGCAGGGAAUAUGCUAGUGAAGAGAUGUGAACAAGACAAGGGAGUUGGAACUGCUGAGCUUGUCCCUAUAGAUCAUGGUCUAUGCCUCCCUGAGUGUCUAGAUGAUCCUUACUUUGAAUGGCUUAACUGGCCUCAAGCUUUGGUUCCAUUCACAGACACUGAGCUGGAGUAUAUAUCUAGUCUAGAUCCUUUCAAGGACGCAGAGCUUUUGAGAAGUGAACUACACUCUUUGCCUGAAUCUGCCAUAAGGGUCCUUAUAGUAUGCACCGUUUUCUUGAAACAAGCAGCUGCUUCAGGGCUUUGUCUUGCAGAGAUAGGUGAGAAGAUGACUCGAGACUUCGCUAGAAGUGAAGAUAGUUUCAGUCUGUUGGAGACCCUUUGCACCAAAGCAAAAGCAACUGUAGUUGACAAAGGAAAUGAAGUGAAAUGUGAAGUGGAGGUUCAUGUAUCUAAACCACCUUUGGCUCCCAAAGGACCACAUGCAAAAGAAAAGAAGAGAGGAAACACCAUGAGGAGCAUGAGCCCAUCAAUGAGUGUGCACCAUGCUGAAUCAGAAGGUGUUUCUUUCGGGGACAUGACAACAGUCCAAUGGGACAUGUUCCUGGAGAGCUUCCAGAGACUUUUGCAAGAAGCACUGAGCAAAAGGCUAGUGCCAAGUUUAGGAAAACAAUAAUAAAAGAAGACAAAGAAAAAACAAAAAACUUAACCAAUAAGAUGAAAAAUCUCAAAAAGGUUAAAACAAACUUUAAGGUGUUUAUAUAGAGGUAAACAAGGUGUGCAUAUGAACAUAGGCUAACUAUUUAAUACCUUAGAAAGCAUAUGGAUUAUGAGACGAGCAGAGUAAACCGUCCAGUCCAAUAUACUUGUUAUUUUUUUCUUCUUUCUCAUCCCAUAUUGUAUCAUGUUAUUCUGAGCAUUAAUUACCAUUAAAAUUUUCUGUAUAAAAUCAAUUGUAAUGUAAGUAUGUAACUGAUGUAAUCAUAUAUAUGCAACUCAAGUUAAGUUUA